CUGUUGGUGGGAAGCGGCCACCACUGACGUUAGCUGCAGUUGACAGCGGGCGCACGAUCCGCGGACGAGGAUCAGCCGGUCCCGGUGCACGUUUGUUGUGAUAUUUAUUUUGAGCUUUGCCCUCGCCCUAGAGAAGCUGUGGAGCUGCCCGCCGGCCAGCUCUGCAAACACUGCAAAACAACACAACACAACCGUCGGGUGACUGAAAAUACGAGUCGAGUCCAGAGCCGUCGCCACGAUCCUGCUUCUUCUUCGUGCCGGGAGCGGAGAGAGCAGCUUCUCAAUUUGGCCUAAUACGAAAACAAUCGCUGCUGCUGCUGCUGCAACGAUUGAAGCUGUGCCAAAAACCUUUUGACCGAAUCGCCAACCAAUAAGCGAUGACGUGAAUUUUUUGCAUAGAUGAUAUCUACUCGACGCUAGUAAAAAUAGCCGACCGACACAAUUCGCUGUACGCGCGUCGUACGUGGGAGCGCACACACACUCAUACACACACACACAGAGUGCCAACAAAGUGUCAGCCGCGAAGCGACUGGUCAGCAGAAGCCAUUCAAGCAGCAGCCGCUCGAAAGGACCCCUUUUUCCGGCGAAACGACGUCCGGCCACGGAUUAGUGCGUUCUAUGUUUGGGGCUCGGUAGCAGCAGCAACACACGCACACAUACACACUGUGGGGAGGGCGCGAUGUCGGUGCUGGUGUUCCUGAUUGCAGCCGCCCACUGCGUGUACACGCCGUUCACCAAGGUGGAGGAAAGCUUCAACCUGCAGGCGAUCCACGAUCUGCUCUACCACCGGACGAACCUUACCGAGUACGAUCACCAUGAGUUCCCGGGCGUGGUGCCACGCACCUUUCUGGCCCCGCUGUUCAUCACGCUGCUGGUGACGCCAAUCGCGACGCUGCUCGAGCUGUUCGAGAUCAACAAGUUUUGGAUGCAGUAUGCAGUUCGGUUUGCGCUCGCCGGCACGGUCGUGUUCGCCUGGAGCCGGCUGAAGAAAACGAUCCUGCACCGGUUCGGCGUGACGGUCGGCGUCUGGUUCAUGCUGAUCACGGCCACCCAGUUCCACUUCAUGUUCUACAUGAGCCGCCCGCUGCCGAACAUUAUGGCGCUGCCGCUCGUGCUGCUCGCGAUCGACUACUGGCUGAACCGGAGCGUCAAGCGGUUCGUCGUCUGCUCCGGCGCGGCCAUCAUCAUCUUCCGGGCGGAGCUGGCCAUGCUGCUCGGCCUGUACCUGCUGUACGAUCUGUACUACCAGCGCAUCUCGCUGCCCGCCCUGCUGCGCAUCGCCAUCCCGGCCGGCGUGCUGCUGGUCGCGCUGACCGUCACCGUGGACAGCUACUUCUGGCGCCGCCUGCUGUGGCCGGAGGCGGAGGUGUUCUGGUUCAACACGGUGCAGAACAAGAGCUCCGAGUGGGGCACCUCGCCGUUCCUGUGGUACGUCUACUCCGCGCUGCCGCGCGCGAUGGGCCUCUCGAUCGUGUUCGUACCGCUCGGCCUCUACCUGGAGACGCGCAUCCGGUCGCUGGUGGUGCCGGCGGUCGUGUUCGUGCUGCUGUUCUCCUUCCUGCCCCACAAGGAGCUGCGCUUCAUCAUUUACGUCUUUCCGCUGUUUAACGUGGCAGCAGCCUGCGCGUGCAAUCGACUAUGGUUAAACAGGCAGAAAAGUCUGUGGAACAAGUUUCUUUCGUUCGUGUGCAUCGGCCAUCUGUUCGGGAACACGCUGCUGACAAUGUUUCUGCUGCUGGUCGCUGGCACCAACUAUCCCGGCGGAGUGGCCAUCUCUCGCUUCCAUCGACUUGCGGCGGGAGAAAUGAACGUGUCCGUCCACAUCGACAACCUGUCUGCGCAGAGCGGCGUCUCGCGGUUCGCUCAGAUCAACUCCGACUGGACCUACAGCAAGCUCGAGAACCUGCGGCCGGACGAUGAGAUGCUGCACCGGUUCGACUAUCUGCUGACCGAGGCGCAGGACAAAUACUCGGACAAGAUGCGGCUGCUGUCGCAGACGCACGAGAUCGUCGAGUUUGUCGAGUGCUUCAGCAGCAUCGGGCUGCAGUACCGGUCGGUGCUGCCGGUGAAGAUCAAAACCAGACCGUGCAUCUUCAUCAUGCGCCGCCGGUACGAUCUGGCCGGUGAUCGGCUGCGGUGGUCGGCGGUGCUGGACGGUAGCGGCGAGCCCGAGCCAACCGGUUCCGUGUCGCUACACAAUGAAGAGGAAGAAGAGGAAGAAGAAGAAGAGGAGGAGGAGGAAAACGAUGCAGCUGAAACGAUCGAGAAGGAGCCGCCCGGGCGAGGCAGCAACGGGCAAGACGACGAACCCGAUGCUGCCGAUGUGGAAAUUGCGGAGGAGGAAAAACGGGCGGAAAAGCGGAAACGAAGCCUGUUCACCAAAGUGCCGCACCGGACGUAUUCGAGAAAGGCGGCCGGCACUGUCCCCCCGCUGCCAAAGUUGCGACGGGUGGGCGGAAGGUUGCAGCCCUCGCUGCAGGACGCUGACGACGACGGCGACGACCGCAGCAGCACCACCAAUCAACCAAGCACAGCAAAAGACGCCGAAGCGGAGGAGGUAGAGGAUGAGGAGGAGGAACAGGACGAUGGUGGCGCGGCAGCCACCCGAUCGGCGGGCGGCAAGUACACCGGCAAGCUGAAGCUGGAGGCGCGCAAGCUGAUCAAGGAGGAGAAGAUGCGCCGGAUGGCGAGCAAACUUACCCGGGCGAGCUUCAGCGAGGAGUGCAACCUCGACCGGAUUUCGAUGAAGGAGUGCCUCAAGAAGCUGAUCGACGACAGCGGCACCCUGGCGGACGAGCUGGACGACGAGCAAGGGGAAGGCGACGGCGGGCGCUAGCGCCCAGCUGCUACUGUGCGGUGCAGAGUAAAAACGAAAAACGCUUUAUUGUUUCAUACAAGUCAAA